CACUAAGAGAACCAACCCCGAAGACGAAAAAAACAAGAAAAUAAUACACAAUUGGCGACGGUGGUGAAGAGGUUCUCCGAGUGAUCCGAUUGAACGGGACUAGGAGGGACUCGGACUAAAUCCGUGAGGUCAGCGGGAGUUAUGGCCGGUGACAUGUCCAUCGGCUGUGCGGCCCUGAAGCGAUCCAGCAAGCUGAGGUCCUGCACCAGUGCCGCCGACACAGACUCGAUGCGGGUGCCUAACGACCACAGGGACAACGGAAGUCUAGUCAAACCGCCUCCGGUGCCGCCCCAAAAUAUGCGGGGCGGUCUGCGUGUCUACAAGAUCGUCAUCCUCGGUGAUGGAGGCGUGGGAAAGUCAGCUGUCACCCUUCAGUUCGUGAGCCACAGUUUCCUGGACUACCACGACCCCACAAUUGAGGACUCCUACCAGCAACAGGCGGUCAUCGACAAUGAGGCCGCCUUGCUCGACAUCCUUGACACCGCCGGCCAGGUGGAGUUCACGGCCAUGCGGGACCAAUACAUGCGUUGCGGUGAAGGUUUCAUCAUCUGCUACUCGGUUACCGACCGCCACAGCUUUCAGGAGGCAUCCGAGUAUAGAAAACUAAUAACCCGUGUUCGUCUCUCUGAGGACAUUCCGCUUGUUCUGAUCGCCAACAAGGUCGACCUAGAGUCGCAGCGACGCGUAACCACCGAGGAAGGCAAGAAUUUGGCCAACCAGUUCGGAUGUCCCUUUUUUGAGACAUCGGCUGCACUGCGUCAUUACAUAGACGAGGCGUUCUACACAUUGGUCCGCGAAAUUCGGCGCAAGGAGAUGCAGAAGGCACUGGGCACGGACUCCAAUUCGGAGAAGAUCCACACGGGGCGACGUAGUCGCUGGUGGCGCAUCCGUUCCAUCUUUGCUUUGGUGUUCCGGCGCAGGCGUAACCUCAACUAGGCCAGUAUGCGGAUUUCUUUAAACGAGUGCAAUAUUAACCACACAUACGAGUAACUUUUGUUCGCUAUACAUUGGAUAUAGCUUAUGCCCAUCAGAUACAACAUACAACAGAGAGAGAAUUUACCGAUCGGGGAGGAAAACUAAUUGUUAUGGCCACAGUGGUUUAUUUAUUAUUUGUUACAAAAACUAUUUAAAGUACUUGUUGUUGUGGGCCAGAAGGGAUAGCGCGGCGGUAGAUGAGCGAUAGAGUAUAUCAAUACGUUUAAGCACCGAUCCAAAAGAUACAUAUUAACAAUGCACGUACAUAUGUUUAUGUAGUAAAUAUUACUAAAAACGUUGAUUCCUAGACGAGAGCGAUUAAGCAAGAGUGGCAAUUGGCAUAAGCUCAAAAGCAUUUAAAUUCAGCAAGAUCGAUAACUCUGAAUCCUAGCCAGGAGAAUAAACCCAAAUGCCAAUUGCCAAGGCGAGAAGAGUGGAGUAAGGGAAGAUUUUUAAACUUAUGUAUGUAUGUAUUAACCCAGAAGACACGCACAUGACAUACGACACAAGCAACACAUUUAACUAAUCGAAUAAAUGUUGAAUUUAAUGUAUACUAAUAUUAUAAAUCGAUCGAUCGACCUAAGUAUGUAAAACGCGGGAACAUAAUGAGAACGUGCGUUUGUUCAAAAUCAAAGCCCAAAAUUAAUAACGAUAAUUGAUCAUUUAAGCCCGCGACAGCCGAUGCAUUUGUUGUUUAAGUUUGAGAAAAGUUUAUUGUUUAUAUUGUUAAGGACACGUGUUACGCCUAAGUUUAUUUAUUAUUAGUUUAACCAAUCUGUUGAUUACUUUUUACACAAACAAACAGACAUCACGCUCUCUAAGCAUUCACCAUGAGUUCCUCUCAUCAAUGUUAACUGCAUUAUCAGAAAUACAGAAAUACUAACACGGCUUUAA